AUGGUGCAAACUAUUUCCAUUCGGACAUUAUCAAUGCGCCGGCUAGCAGCAAAUCCAUUGCAACCGGCAGUUACGAGAGCUUGCUUCCCCGUUCCAACUCUUAGUACUCGGAGGAGCUACUCUAUCGACGAGAAGGCAAAGGAGGUAGAGCCAGGCGGCCAGCGGCGAAGGCUGUACCGUAGACUGAUCAUAGCCUCAGUCUUGGCCGUUGCCGGACUCGGCGUUUUGUGGCUACGAGGUGGCAAGGGCGAUAUCAGUGGUGCUGGCCAUGGCGCCAAUCAAGAAUACAAACAAAGCUCGGAAGGAAAUAAUUAA